AUGGGGGGAGAGGAUGGCUGGACAAGGGUGAAUGGUGGCCGGAAAAAAGCGUUCAACAAAAGGGUGAAUUCUAACGAGGUCACCUCAUAUUUUUUUACAAAUUUUCCGGAUGACUUCAAAGCCAAGAACAUGUGGGGGGUAUUUUCUUACUGGGGGAGAGUUCAGGAGGUUUUUAUUCCAACUAAAACAGACAGGAAUGGGCAGAGGUUCGGUUUCGUCAGAUUCUUUGAUGUCCAUGAUCCUAGUGGGUUUGGUAGAAGACUCGAUCAGAUCUUCAUUGGAAGCACGAAAUUGUUUGUCAACCUUCCCAGGUUCAUUGGCUAUCCAAGAUCUCAAGGGAAGGCUUCUGCAAAACCUAGGGCAGCAAAUGAAGUCUCAAGGACCGAUUCACCAAGAAACACAAACUUGUCCCAUAGCAACCACGGGAUCAGUACGCAAAAGUCUUAUGCGGAUGCUGUGGCAAAUGGUCGAACCCGGUCAGAAAUUCCUCCUGGUGGAUCUGGGAAACAGACGGAGGCUAUAGGCCAUCUGCCGGUGGAUGAUACAGUUGAUGAAUGGCUGGCAAAGAGUUGGGUUGGGCGACUGAAACAGACAGAGAUGAGCCAAAACAUCCAGGAAACUUUACUGGUUGGUGGCUUCCAUUCUGUUCGAGCUCGCUAUAUGGGGGAUGAUUUGGUCCUCCUCUCAAGUGAUCCAGGUGUGUGUUGGGACGACAUUGUUAAGGGUUCAGAGGAUUGGUUGGCUAAUAUUUUUGAAUCCAUAAACCCUUGGAGUCCCUCAAUAGUGAUGCAAUCACGUGUGGUCUGGAUUCGGUGCUAUGGCAUUCCAUUGCAUCUUUGGAAGAGAAGGUCGUUUGACAAGCUGAUUUCCCCUUUAGGGGAGGUACUUGAGCUAGACGCUGCAACUUCAGAGAUGGACAGGGUAGAGUUUGCCCGUAUGAAAAUUCGUACUACAAGAAUGGGGACAUUUAGUGACGUGUGGGAUAUGACAAUUAACAAGAUCACUUAUGGAAUUCGAAUUGUUGAGGAAAUGCCUCAGUUGCAUCAGCCAUGCAAUUGCUCUCAUGCAGAUUCAGAAAACGAUGGAAGUGAAUCGACAGUUUGGUCUUUUGAUGGGUCUGAAAAUGUUAAAGCGACAGAAGAUCUGGAGGAUUAA